CAAGACACCAUGGGUGUAAGUCUCACUCAUUGGGAUCGCUCGGCCUCGAAAACUACAUAUCGAAGGCCGGCGACUGAAACUGUUGCGGCCCGAAGAGUGCCGGGCUCCGGCCGGCCAUUCCUUAUCAAACGAUCGACCCUUCUGUCCGAAGGACGCGGCCCGUGCGGCUCGGGGGCCGUCUUGUUUGCCCUGGUUCUUACCACGGGGAACUGCCGCAGAAGCGGGGCGCGCGGAGCGGCUUAGCGGGAGUCGAAGGCGGCGCCCGGGGCGUGAGAUAGCGCCGACCAUCGAAGAAGCUGCCGCCGGCGACCUGUCCGCAAAGCACGGAGUAAAGAUGAAGGUCGGCGCGAAUCGCCCCGGCGCGUCGCCUCAGCCCUGCGCCAUGCGCCGGCGGCGCUGGUUGCUCCCUUCUUUGCCUCUGCCUUUCGACUCGGGGAGCAAAACGGCGGCGCUUCUUGCGUCGUGGCGGCCGCCGGGCCUGUGUUGGCCAGCCCCGCGGCCGUUUGGCCCGCUACCGCGCCCCCCGGCGGGGGACCAAGGCGCAUUUUACCCCGGCGCAUUUUUUUUGUGGGCACCCGCCCGUGCAAUGUUCUUAAGUUGCCUCGCCCGCCGGAGCGGACGUCGCCCCGCCCUGUACGCAGGCGCAGCUGUUCUCGGUGAUGCGAUGCUUCCUUUGCGGCCGCCUGUUACGAAUCACUAGCAUGAUCCGUCGCGCGGGAGCCAGUGUCGUCCCCGUUGCUUGCCGGUCGCAGGACUCACUUGGCCCGCACAAAGGCGCUGGUGUUGGCCGGCUGUGAGUUUCUGUCUGUGCCGUGAUCGCGAGAAUUAUUUGCGUUGCAAAUUCUUUGCUCCGCUCUCUUACUUGUC